AUGUCUCGUCGUCGUCAAACUGAACAUCUCUCUGCUACUGAAGAGAAUGAUUUGGUAAAGCAGUGGAAUUCAACAGAAAAAACUACUCAUUCGCUACAGCUCUUGGCAAAGUACUUUGCUAAUGCUCGUAGUGCUGGAGAUGCACAUUUGACUGAUAUUGAUUAUGCUGGAUUCAGUCUUUGCUAUAAUGAGAUUGAUGCCGACUCGGGCAAGAUGGAGCGCAUAGAUAUGAGGAUUCAGUAUGACAAACCCGUCCAGAGUAUUAGCCAGAUCAAGCCCAAGUUGAAAGAAAUGGUUCAUGAGGCAACAGUUGCCUUGUCUAUGAAACCAGACAAGUCUUAUGUUUCUCCUGGAUUUGAGUCUUUGAAAAAAAAAGAGUUUAGUGUGCCUUCAUUCAUGAUGUGGAUCUAUGCAGCAGUUGUAUGGACUAUUCUCUACAGCAUGGCGUACAUUGACAAGAUUCCGUCGACUCUCGAGUUUGUUCGUGGCAUAUUGGGCGGUCAUCAACCCUGCAUCAAUCUGCUUUUCGCAAUAUUUGUUAUUCAUGCAGUCGAAUCGCUGGUGAUUUUAGGAUUGGGAGUGUGGGCCGAGUUGUCCAUCUCCAAAGUGUUCAAAUGGUAUAUUCUCACACAUGUGUUUGGAGUGUUUGUACUGGGUCCAGUGUUUCAACUGGCAUACGAUCGUCGCAAAGAUCUAGACGCAAAGGAUGAUAUCAAAUAA